UCCCUUCGCGUGACGUCACGGAGGAGCACGUGGUCCCAAGUCGUCGGAGCAGCAGCAGCCAAACACGUGCGUGGUGCCUCCUCGUGUACCGCGUCGCUCUUCGUGGGUGUCACUCGCCGACAGCACUCGCCCCUACAGUCUGCGCGACCAUGGCCGAGCCCGCGAAGCCCGCGUCCACCACCACCACGACGACGACGACCAACAACGCGUGGAACAUCCCCCCCAACGCCCCGGCAUGCAUGGAGAGAAGCCUUGAUGCGCUGCAGUACAGGAAAGAUGAUGGUGCUAUGUUGCUCGCUGCCUCCAGUCUAACGGGCCGCUACUGGAUGGGAUCCAUCUGGUUCUACAAGGACCCCUCCAAAGCACCCGAGGAGGGCUUCUGCAGUGCAGGAGUGCAGACGGAGGCAGGUGUUGUCGAUGCUCUCUGGGUCGGCGACAGGGGCAUCCUUGUGGCCUCGGAUUCUGGCGCACUGGAGCUGUGGGAGCUGGCAGAGAACGAGGCUUACCUUUGCAGCCGACACUGCCGCUACGAGCACAACGACAUCGUCACCCGAAUCAGCACGUCGGGGUCAAAGGUUGUGUCUGGCAGCCUGGACCGCAGUGUGAAGGUGUGGGACCUGGCAGAGCUCAAAGUGGUGUCGUCAUAUCGUGGUCAUUCUGCUUCCGUGGACUGUGUCUCCUUCUCGCCACAUGAUGACAACUUAUUCCUCUCUUGUUCUCAGGAUGGAAGAAUUAUGCUCUGGGACCUCAGAAAGGCCAAGCCAGCCGUUGUGAUGGAUACGAAGCCCAAUGGAUCGGUGCCAACAUGUGUGGCAUGGAGCCCACACCAUAGGAUGAGUGUUGCUUUUGGGACAGAAUUGGGUCACAUUGGUUUAAGAGACCUGGGAAAUCCAACCACAUCCUUCAAGUCAGCUCAAGUCCAUUCAAGGAGCAUCUUCAGACUUUCUUUCUGUCCUCACAACCCAUCUCUCCUUGCCUCCUCGGGUGAUGACUGUCUCGUGGCUGUAACCGACGUGGAAAAUGAUCUGAAGAAAAUAUUUGAGGACCGAUCUCACAGUGACUUUGUGCACGGGCUGGCUUGGUGCCCACUGAGCGCGGGACGUCUCAGCACAGCUGGGUGGGACCACCGCGUGUUACACCACCAUGUGCCAAGCUCCCCAGAUGGAGGAGGCGAGCCCCUCUCUGAGGAGACUGUCCCGAUGGAAACUGCCAACUGCUUGAAACCUGAACAACUUUAGUAGCACUGGUGAUGGCAAUGAUGUGAUCGGUUAUUUUGCCAGUGAUUAAAAUAUGGUCAUGUUCACCUGUUCGCAACAAUUUUAAUGGAGUGCGAGUUUGCUUUUAAACUUUCCAGAAUUUUGACGUCUGUACCUAACAGCGAAUUGAUGUAUACAUUUCCAUGCGAGUUUCUGUUGAUUUGAGUAGGACAUUAAAAACAGCGCUUCAUAACCGGUGUGUCACAGCAGCAAGCGGAGACACAGACAAAGACACACACAAAGACACGUGGACACGAAUACACUCGCACAAAUAGACACACAGAUACGAAGAGUCAGAGAUGCGGAGACAUAGACACGAAGAAACACAAACGGAGAACCACAUACUCGUACACACGGAGACACACGGACAUACAGAGACACAGACACAAUAGUAACAACCUCCAUUCGCCACUAAAGUGGUGGUGAUGUUACCUACUGUGCUUGUGCCAGGCGAGAUACAAUUUGAGGCCACGGGAAGUGUCGAAGGCUCGCUGGCAGGAGGUCACGGAAGACCCAUGUGCCAUUGGUUGACUGACUUGAGAUGACAUGUAGUUGCACCAACUGUGGUCCCCACUGUUCUCAUCUGUUCCGUCUUAGCCACCUGGCACUAUACUCGUUGAGCGUCGCUCCUCCACGCUCUGUUGUUGCUAGAGGACGACUGCCUCCAACUACCCAGUAGAAUCCUUUAUGAAUUUCCUCCACAGAGGUCGACCCUGACACCGCUGGUACCAGUCAUUGGCAAAUCCAAUCGGCUCCACAUCCUUCUGUACCACCUAAGUCCAUCUCUUCUCUUGCCUGUGUCAUGUCAUUUUAGCCUCAUCUAUCCGGCCAAACAGAAGCUGCUUGGGCAUGCUGUGGCUCGUUAUGCAGGCUACAUGAUCCAGCCAACACAGCAUCACCUGCUGGAGGAGCUCACUAAUAGGACUGUGGUCAGAUCGUUGAAGGAUUUUUGAGCUCACACGAUACAGCAGUCUUGUUAAACCCAGGAUGGAUUGUAGACAGGUUAGCCUGAAUGUUUCAAAAUGGCACAGGUGUUGCUUUAGAGGGCUCCAUGUUUCGCAAGCUUUGUAUGGAGCGACAGGGCACAUAGCUUUCACACAGCAUUACACAGCUGAUGUAAAGAUAAUGCCGCUCGACUGAUUCGGAGCGAGACCUCUGCUGCCAAACCGGAGCUGGUCAUAAGCACACUGCCGAGGUAAGAAAACUUCUCCACUCUUUCCACAACUGCCCCAUCGCUCAUGGGGAGUGGAGGGAGGGGUGCAUUUGACAUAAAAUACUCAGGCAGCUCCUUUGUUUUUGCGGGGCUGAUGGUAAGGCCACAUCUCUUUGUAGCAUGCUCUAGGUCCAGCAGUAGCAUAUCUAACUCCUAAGAUUGGGCCAGCAAUUACCAGAUCAUCUGCAUACAUAAGGCUGACCAAUAGAGCCAACCUUGACCCCACGCGAGCAUAGGCUACCAGUGUAUCUAUACCAGAUGGAAACUCCACCAUUACAUCCAUUGGAAUCUUCUCCAACUACGUGGUCAAAGAAGAAGUUAAAUACUGUCGGGGCCAGAGGACAUCCCUGUCGCACCCCAAGGUGAACAGAAAAUGGCUUUGAAUCCUGGCCACGCAGCUUUACCCGGAUCUGCCCACCACCAUGAAGGUCCUUAAUGAGUGUGAGCAGAGGGGGUCUAGGACUCCUGAAAGCACAAAGAAUUACCCAGAGCCCUGACCUACUGAGGAUAUCAUAGGCCUUGACCAGAUCAAUAAAGCAGGGAUGUAGGCCCUGUUGAAAUACACUCACACAGACAUAAAUGAUCCCCCAUAUAGCCUUUAACAGACUGCUGGGUCAAGGGCUGUUAGCGAGCACAGAGACACAGACAUGGAGAUGCACAACGACACCUAGACCCUGACACAGACACGAAUACAUUUAAGCAGUUAGGGAAACAAAAUUUGUCACGGAUUUUGGCAGCGCCACUUGAUGGGUAUAUGCAUGGGGUCGUGAGUUAUCUUGGUUACAACACAAUUCCACUCACCCACCCGGGCCCACAGUAAUUGUUUGGUAUGCCGCGAAUAUCGAGCAAGCUCGAAAGUGUGCUGUGGAGUGAAAGGUUGAGAAGCACUGCAUAAAAAAAAAUCAAAUGGUUCGUCUCAUCCUAGCCAUAUUGAUGGCUACAGUGAUUCAACCUCGGAACAAUAUUUCACAUGGAAGUGAUGUUCUUCGUGUUUAUGUCUACGCACUAAAUUAGCUGCAUUUUGUUUGGAAAUUCGGUGUCGUGUUCAUGGUUAUCGUACCACAGGCUCCUCGUUGAAAUAAUAAAGUGCUUCCGAGCA